AUGAUUCAGUUUGGACUUCUUCUCCAUCAAGCAACAAAGCUAUUCUCUUCGUCUGAAUGUCAAGCUGCAUGGCUUAACAACAUAAGUUCAGUUUGUUCAUCUACUUCCCAGUUAACCAAUUCAGGUUUGUCCGAAACAGAGUUUUAUGAUGCUUCAUCUGGACGUUUUCUCUAUCCAUUUGAAUUGAGGAAUCAAAGUCGUGAGGUGUGGUUAUCAGGAUUUCUUUCUCUUCAGGAUAUAAUUGUUUAUCCGGUCUCAGCAAGAUGUAGCAUAUGUGAAGAUGCUUAUGCUGCGGCAAGGAAAGCUGGUCGUUACAAACAAAUUAAGCAUAGUAAAGGAGUCUCUAGUACGGAUGCCGUAGGAGGAAUGCAAUUUGACAAUCAAUCCCAGCCCUGCAUCAAAUAG